GCCAACUGUCCGUCCGCUUCACUCACACACGACCGACGAGCUACCGAGAGAAGGAGAACAUCCGACAAGAAGCCGACAACGCCACGACAACACUCGUAUCCAGAUUCGUAACAUCGAAGAACGACCCAACACCACUGCGAUGAAGACAACCGUUAUCGCAGCAGCCGCGCUCUGCCUUUUGGCCACCACGUUUGCGGCACCCACUGGAAAGCAUGAGGAAAUCGACCAAGAAGGUAACGGAGACAGCGCUACAUUGAAACAGGUAGUGAAAAGAUCUGCCCCGAUCUACUUCUUCAAGAGAACACCACUGGACCCCAUCGAAAAUGGACAGUACAAGAGAUGGCUGAAGCGAGACCCCCUAAGUCCUAUCGUCAACGGGCAAGGCAAACGCGACCCCCUAAGCCCUAUCUCCAACGGGCAAGGCAAACGCGACCCCCUUAGCCCUAUCUCCAACGGGCAAGGCAAACGAGACCCCCUAAGUCCCAUCGUCAACGGACAAGGUAAGAGAGACCCACUAAGCCCCAUCGUCAACGGGCAAGGUAAGAGAGACCCCCUAAGUCCCAUCGUCAACGGGCAAGGCAAACGAGACCCCCUAAGUCCCAUCGUCAAUGGACAAGGCAAACGAGACCCCCUAAGUCCCAUCGUCAAUGGUCAAGGCAAACGAGACCCCCUAAGUCCCAUCGUCAAUGGUCAAGGCAAACGAGACCCCCUAAGCCCCAUCGUCAAUGGCCAAGGCAAACGAGAUCCCCUAAGUCCCAUCGUCAACGGACAAGGCAAACGAGACCCCCUAAGUCCCAUCGUCAACGGACAAGGCAAACGAGACCCCCUAAGUCCCAUCGUCAACGGACAAGGCAAACGAGACCCCCUUAGCCCUAUCUCCAACGGACAAGGCAAACGGGACCCCCUAAGUCCCAUCGUCAACGGACAAGGCAAACGGCUGUACCCAACAGGCCUGGAGCGCAGGAGGCAGUACGACUGCAGCGUUGACGGUACUUGCGACGCACUUGGAAACGGCUUUCCUGGGAAGCGCUCCUCCCCGCUACACCCGAUGGAGAACGGUCAGUUUAAGAGGUUGCCGCUGCUCAGUCCUAUCGAAAACGGUCAACUCAAGAGGUUGGCGUUCCCGAAUCCAGAGUAUGUCCAGAGAUCAAGCUCCGACGAAGCCGAGGCUUACGAAUCGGCUCUCGAAAACGACGCCUACGAUUCGGCCAUCAACGCCAUCAGGAAGCUCGAAGAGGAAGAAGCCGCAGAGGGGUCCGAUGAGGAUGUGAAGUGUCUAUGGGACCCGAGUGAUUCUAUCUGUUUCGGCAAGAAGAAGAGAGGAGUCCUGUCUCCUAUCGAAAAUGGCGAUUACCAGAAGAGAGACGAGAUGACGUCUGACCAAACCACGAAUUCCGACAAAGGCCCCAGGCGAAUGGAGUAAUGGUCACAACGGCACAGCGAGGAAAACAAACGUCCACCACAGAAACACCAGUAUUAAUGUCAGGAGUGAAGAAAAUCUUGCCGGCGUAAACGAUUCAAGCAUAUCUACAUUCGCAUGAACAGGUUCUCAACAGUGAGUCAGUAAAAAGCAAACAAUCUAAGGAUAAAGCUACCGGACAACAAUAGAAUUUCAUCAAUUAAGACAGAAGAUCAAUUAAUACAGAAAUUCUCAGUCUAGAAUGAAUUAUCAUAUAGAUACAUAAAGGUUCGACAAUGGCAUACCUUCUCACAAUGGGUAGACUUUAUCAUAGAGGCAAACAUCAGUUAUAGAAUUACAUUAAUUACGCAGCUGGCCGUAACAAGCUGAGGUGUUCAUAGACUUAGUUGCUUCACUGUAGAAGGCAGAAAUGAAGCUUUAUAUUCAAAUGAUGUAAAAGAUUAACUAUUAAACAAGACAUGUGUCUAUUUCAUGAAAUGGAUUUAUGACGAAGCUGGGAAAUCAUUCUGGUCUAAAUUGUACAUAAUGAAGUGUUCGUGGCAAAUCAUGUGCGAAGUUAGACCAAUAUUCUUCGUUGAAUAGAAGAAUAAAGCAUCUAUAAAAUGU